GAAGACGCGGUGGACGGGAAUCCGUUACGAAUGCUGCGGUCGGGAGGAAUUGGGGGCGUAUUGCGGGCCAAAGUCCGCGGCAACAGGUCUUUCUCUCAGCCACGGCUGCCGACCACCGCUCAGACCGCGGGCUUGGCUCGAGUGGCCUCCACUCGGUCUUCAUUGGGAGUUCCACCGCCAGUGCCCACGACUACGGGUGCGGAUGAUGUGAACAACGCCCUGCCGUUACCGCCGCGGGACCGCUCGCGACCGAUGCUGAUGCAGCUGAAGACACACCAGAGGCGGCACCCGUUGGUGAUGCCGAUCGCCAACGGCGACGCCGAGCAGCUCGAAGAGCAACAACGACAGCAGCGGGCGCUCAUGGAUCAGCUACAGGCCCAACACCAGCACCAGCAACGAGAAGGUUCGCCCCUCCGAAUGGUGCCGGUGCUGAAGCAGGUGUCGUGUCCGCAGCCGCCGCAGACAUUUCUCGACAACUACUCGGCCAUGAAGUUGGCGUCCGGUGGCGAGCCGUACGACGGCGUCGGUUGUGAUAAAAAGUUGGCACCGAUUCCGCCGCCAAAACCCCAAAGAAGUUAUCUCGGCGAAGAGUCCUUCGAGAGUGAGAUGCAAAAAGUGUUGGACAGCAUUAAAAUGGACAACACGUGUCUCACAUCUAGAUCCCCAUCACCACCACCGGUGGCCGACACCGACAGCUCAACCAUUAGUACCAAUCAUAACCACAAAAGCUAUACAAUUAAUGAUAAAAGUAUUUUGACGACAACUCACACCAGCGGCGCCGCCGCAGCCGGUGGUGACCACUCAUCGGCGGUAACCGUUGCCAAAGCGGCGCAAAUGUCAUCCAAAUCGACACUAAAUCACACGAAUCCUUCGGCGUCAGAUCACAGUAGCUAUUCAUACAAACCCAUGACAACCAUUACCGUCGCUGGCGAUAGUCAUUCAUCCGUAGCGGCCGGUAGUAGCUAUCGCUCGGCCGCCGCGGCGGACAUUACUACCAAUGGGUCCAGUAGUCGGGCGACGAGUAGUUACAGCAGUUUCACCGCCGACUCGACGCCCGGAGCUAAGAAGAAAGGUGUCGACAGCGAUGAGGUUCGGGUGAUGCAGAAAGUGUUGGCCAAUGAGACAAACCUGUCGAGCGAAGAGUGCGCCAAAAUCCUGCACUCAACCGAUUGGGACGUCCAUAAGGCCAUCAAAUGCAUCAGAUUGAGGCAACAGUUGCGCACCCACUCGAUCGAAGUGGACUGCGAUUGGGCGGUGAUGUUGGCCAAAUUCAACUGGAACAUUCGCCAGGCCAGCAACUACUUGAUCGCCACUCAGGGCGUGCCCGGAGACGCCACCGAAGUCUGACACAACCAUUCAAUCACUCACUCACACAACAACACCCGGUUAUCCCUCCCCUUUCCCGUCCGCUCAAUACAACACAAACACUGGUCACAAACCCGCGGGCGGUCUAAUACACGGUCUAAUCCCGAUCCCCGUUCCCGUUAACAGCUGUCAUAAAAUAAUGCUUUAUAUAAAUUAAUGGUUACGUUGUGUGUGUGUGUUAUAUACACUCCGACUCGACCUGACCCGAGCCCCUGAUCCCCCAAAAGCUGAGCACAAUUUUUGAUAUUUAUUUUGAUAGCCAUUUGUUUUUUGGAUUAUAUUUUAC